UUUUCUUCAAGCAAAGUAUUGUGUACUUACUGAGGAGUCCCUAGUGCUUUAGAAUUGUUAAAAAUCUUUGUUGGGCACACCAUUGAAGAUGAGGUCGAAAGAUUUUUCUUUUAUCAUCAUAUUCAUCAUCUCAGGAAAACUCUUUGCAGAAGAGAAAACUUGUGGUCUUCCUAGUGUGGAAAAUGGAAGAAUUGCACAAUAUUACUAUUCUUUUAAAAGAUAUUACUUUCCAAUGAGAAUAAAUAAAACACUGUCAUUUGCCUGCUUGGCUGGUUAUACAACUGAAACUGGAAAGCAAGAGGAGCGAAUCACAUGUACCCAGGAGGGCUGGUCUCCAGAACCACAGUGCUUCAAAAAGUGCACUAAGCCUGAGCUGAGAAAUGGUUACAUCUCUGAUGUAAAAUUAAUGUACAAAAUUCAAGAGAACAUGCGUUACGGUUGUAAUUCAGGAUAUAAAACCACUGGAGGAAAGGAUGAAGAAGUGGUUCAAUGUCUUGCUGAUGGAUGGUCUCCUCAACCUACCUGUAGGGAAGAACAUGAAACAUGUUUGGUCCCUGAAUUAUAUCAUGGAAAUUAUUCCACAACACAGAAAACAUUCAGAGUGAAGGACAAAGUACAGUAUGAGUGCGCUCCUGGCUACUAUACAGCGGGAGGAAAGAAGACCGAAGAGACAGAGUGUCACACGUACGGAUGGGCCCUCACACCAAAAUGUACCAAGUUAAAAUGCUCUUCUUUAAAAUUAAUACAAAAUGGUUAUUUUCAUCCUAUUAAGCAAACGUAUGAAGAAGGAGAUGUUGUUCAGUUUUUCUGUCAUGAAAAUUAUUAUCUAAGUGGAUCUGACUUAAUUCAGUGCUAUAACUUUGGUUGGUACCCAGAAUCUCCUGUAUGUGAAGGAAGAAGAAAUCGAUGUCCUCCUCCACCUCUGCCUCUAAACUCCAAAAUCCAAACACAUUCAACAACUUACCGUCAUGGAGAAACAGUUCAUGUAGAAUGUGAGCUUAAUUUUGAGAUACAAGGAUCAGAAGAAAUACGUUGUGAAAAUGGAAAGUGGACAGAACCUCCGAAAUGCAUUGAAGAAAAGAAGACACCCUGUGGGAAUCCACCCUUCAUUGAGAAUGGUGCAGCAAACCUGAACUCUACGAUUUAUUACAAUGGGGAUAAAGUGGCAUAUGAAUGUAAAAGUGGGUAUCAUCUCCGUGGAGCCACAGAAAUUACUUGUAAACGUGGAAAGUGGACACGUCCUCCUGAGUGCAUUGAAAAUAUUGAGAAUUGUAAGCCUCCACCUAAUGUAAUAAAUGGGGCUGUCGUUGAUGGAUUAUUAGCAAGCUACACAACAGGAUCCUCAGUGGAAUAUAGAUGCAACGAAUAUUACUUAUUGAGUGGAGCAAAAGUAUCUCAUUGUGAACAAGGAGAAUGGUCAUCCCCACCUAUUUGCUUAGAGCCGUGUACUAUUAACGUGGAUCGCAUGUACAGAAAUAACAUAGAGAUGAAGUGGAAGUAUGAAGGAAAAGUCUUACAUGGAGAUUUAAUAGAUUUUGUAUGUAAACAAGGAUAUGACUUAUCUCCAUCAAACUCAUUGUCUGAAUUGUCUGUACAGUGCAAUAGAGGAGAAGUGAGAUAUCCUUUAUGUAUUAGAAAAGAAUCUAAAGGAACAUGUGGAGCUCCUCCACUUAUUAAAAAUGGAGUCAUAAUUAGUUCGACAUUAGGCAUCUAUGAAAACGGUUCCUCAGUAGAAUACAGAUGUUUUGAUCACCAUUUCCUUGAAGGGUCUAGGGAGUCCUAUUGUUUAGAGGGAGUGUGGACUACACCACCAUCGUGUUUAGAGCCUUGCACAUUAUCUUUUGUUGAAAUGGAAAAUAAUAAUGUAUUCCUGAAAUGGGAUUUUGACAAUAGACCGUAUAUUUUCCAUGGCGAGUAUAUUGAGUUUCUUUGUAAGAGAGAUACAUAUAUAGCUGAGUUCUCAAUGAUUGGAUCUGAACUCAGAGUACAAUGUGACAGAGGGCAGUUAAGAUAUCCAAGAUGCAUUCACAAAGGAUGAUGUCUUAUCAACAACCCUUAAGGACAUAAAAUAUAUGGCAGAAAGAAGAAUGGCGUAUCAUCACAUCAUUAAAUCCUUUACAAAACAUAAUUUUUAGAAGAAAAAUUACAAAUCUCUACGUUUUAGCUUUCUUGAAGAUUUAAAUAUAAAUUGUCUAUGUCAAAUAUUUUUUAUUUAUAAAUAAGCCAGAACAUGUUUCCUUCCUAGUUUGACUGAAUUGACUGAAUUCCAUCUGUUAAAAAGAUUGAUCCAUACGUCAAAAUGUUUGUUUCCUAAUAUCCAUUCAUUGUGAUAUGUUGUUGCCUUCGAGAUAUUUGUCCUUAUCAUAUUCAUUAAUAUUAAGGUUUUCUGUUACUCUUAAUUCAAUCUUUAUGUCACUAUUAAUGAACCAAACACACUAGAGAUAAGAAACUAUACAUCUUAUUGGAAGAUUUACUUUAUUAAAUACAGAAGAGACUUCCCUUUACACUUUCUAAAUGUAAAGAACCUUAAAAAUUAAUUAUAGGGGUGCCUGGGUGACUCAGUGGUUGAGUGUCUAACUUUGGCUCAGGUCAUGAUCCCAGGGUCCUGGAAUUGAGUCCCACAUCAGGCUCCCUGCAAGGACCCUGCUUCCCCUCUGCGUCUCUGCCUCUCUGUCUCUCAUGAAUAAAUAAGUAAAAUCUUAAAAAAAAAAUAACUGUAGUAUUAGCUUAAAGGCUAAUAAUUAAAUUUUAAAUUGGUGAACUAUCCACAUGUUAAAACGUUGCCCAAGGAAUAUGGCUAAAAACAAAUAACAACUCUUUCCAUUUUUAUAUUUUGCACUUUCAAGUAAUUGUUGGAAUGAUGCAGAUUAUAACAUCAAAAAUCAGUCCUGCAGCCUGACAUUGUCAGUAUUACCAAGGUCUGUUGAAGACUUUUUAUACCCACAGUGUCACUUUCUGAUUUGAUUAACAGUUAUAUAUCUAAUUGUUAUUAGGGUUCAUUCAUAAGCACUGUAAUAGCACUACUUGGGUACUAGGACCACUGGUAGGACUAGUUGUUGUUAUCAGAACAGCACAUUUUCUUAUCUAGAAGCUAUUUAGUUCACCUAACUCAAGACCUUCUCAAUAUGAUGACAUUCUUUAAAUCUCCAAGUAACAAUUUUCUAAUGAAGGACAGCUAGGCCUAAUCCUAGCUGUGGAUUACAUGUGAAUUCAUGUGGAUUACAUGUGAAUGUGGAUUACAUGUGAAUUCAUUAUUAAACGUAUAUUUCAGAACUGUCCUCGAGUUCAUAAUCACUCUUUUAAUAUUCUAUAGUCAUUAUCCACAGUGGAUCCCAUAACACUGAAAUUUGCUUGAAAUUAAAUGUCAAUAGAAAAGUGUUCACCACUUUCAUUUGAUUGAAAAUUCAUCAAUCCAUUCAUAAACAAUAUUGAACACCUGCUAUAUAUAUCCCAGAAAACAGAUUUGCUCAACUGUCAUAGGACUAUGUAUUUAGUAUUACCAUAUAUUCUGAUUUUUUAAUUGUGCAAUCUACUGACUUUUCUAUGUGGAGGGGGAAACUAAAAAUAUUUUGUGAAUAAUGUGGUUCACGAGCUGUUGAUAUGUAAACCCCAAAUGUUAAAUAAAUGAAUGUGUAAAAAAAUGCAA